UGUAUCUUUGAAAAAACAGGCUAUCUGGGGAAAUACCUGCAAAAAUUGAAGCUUUAAAUCUGACUAUACUCGAUGUUUCAUGCAAUAUGCUUACUGGAAAAAUCCCAUAUGGUUUAGGAAAGCUCAAAAAGCUAACAGGCUUGAGUUUGGAUAUGAAUCAACUAUCAGGAGAGAUACCUGAAAGCCUUGCUCAUCUUCCAGCUCUAGUAGACUUCAUGGUUUUCCAAAACCAUCUAUCAGGCACUCUUCCUCCUUACUUCGGUCGUUAUUCACCACUUGAAACCUUUCAGGUUUCGUCCAAUAGAUUGACAGGAAAAUUGCCAGACGAUUUAUGUUACAAUGGCAAGUUAGUUGGUGUACGUGCUUAUGACAACAAUCUAAGCGGGGAGCUAUCAGAAUCACUAGGGAGCUGCAAUAGCUUGCAGCACUUGUUUCUUGAUAAUAAUAGUUUUUCCGGCAAAAUCCCUAGCGGUCUUUGGACAUCACAAAAUUUGAUGACUUUAACGGUCAGCAACAACAAGUUCACCGGCAAGCUCCCUGAAAGAUUAGCUUGGAAUCUUUCAAGUUUGUCCAUCAACAACAAUCAAUUCUUUGGUAGAAUUCCAGCAGGAGUAUCUACCUGGAAGAAUCUGAUCGAGUUUAAAGCUACUAACAGGGCCACUUCCAUCAGAAAUCAUAUCUUGGAAAUCUCUCAAUGCUCUAAAUUUGAGUCACAAUCAAUUUUCUGGACAAAUCCCAUAUUCUUUUGAUGGUUUACCUGUCUUAGAAC